CUCUCAAAUACCCCAACCUUUUCUCCCCCGACCCUACCCCCCCAUUCUCCCAUUCCGAACCCAUCCCAUCCGCAUUUCAUCUUCGUCUCCUACUCCUUCGCCACCCCACUCACUUGCAACCAUGUCCACUUUGGAGGAUCUCGACGACCUUGAGCGCGAGGAGAGAGACCAGAAGGGCCAGGCUGAUGGCAACGGCGACGGCCGGAAGCCUGGAGGUGAAGGAGAUGCUGAGAUGAAAGAUGCAGAUGUCAAGAAGGAUGAGGAGGGUCUUUUGGACGAAGAGAUCCUUGGCUCGAGCACAGCGGAUAUCGUCAAGCGAAGGCGGAUGCUGGAGAACGAGCUGCGGAUCAUGAAAAGCGAAUACCAGCGGUUGACCCACGAGCAGAACACAAUGAGGGAGAAAGUCAAGGACAACCAAGAGAAGAUCGAAAACAACCGGCAAUUACCCUACCUCGUCGGAAACGUUGUCGAGCUGUUGGAUCUGGAUGUUGAGGCUGAAGCCGCUGAAGAGGGGGCGAACAUUGACCUUGACGCUACUCGGGUGGGCAAGUCGGCUGUCAUCAAGACGUCGACCCGUCAGACCAUCUACCUCCCGCUUAUUGGUCUGGUAGAUCAUGAGAAGCUCAAGCCUGGUGACCUGAUCGGUGUCAACAAGGACUCAUACCUUGUUUUGGAUACGCUACCCGCCGAGUACGACAACCGUGUGAAGGCUAUGGAGGUCGAUGAGAAGCCCACGGAGAAGUACACCGACAUUGGUGGUCUGGACAAGCAGAUCGAGGAGAUUGUCGAGGCUAUCGUGUGGCCUAUGAAGGAGGCUGAGAGAUUCAAGAAGCUUGGCAUUAAAGCCCCGAAAGGUGCUUUGAUGUAUGGCCCCCCCGGUACGGGUAAGACCCUUCUUGCCAGAGCCUGUGCAGCCGAGACGAACGCCACAUUCCUCAAGCUUGCCGGUCCGCAGCUGGUGCAGAUGUUCAUCGGUGACGGUGCGAAGCUCGUUCGCGACUGCUUCGCCCUCGCCAAGGAGAAGGCCCCCUCCAUCAUCUUCAUCGACGAGUUGGAUGCGGUCGGUACGAAGCGUUUCGACUCCGAGAAGUCCGGUGACCGUGAAGUGCAACGAACCAUGCUGGAACUCCUCAACCAGCUGGACGGAUUUGCGUCCGACGAUCGGAUCAAGGUCCUCGCGGCCACGAAUCGUGUCGACGUCCUCGAUCCCGCCCUGCUCCGUUCCGGUCGUCUGGACCGCAAGAUCGAGUUCCCGCUACCCAACGAGGAGGCGAGAGCCAACAUCCUGCAGAUCCACUCCCGCAAGAUGGCCGUGGACGACGGCGUCAACUGGGCCGAACUGGCUCGCAGCACCGACGAGUUUGGCGGUGCGCAGCUGAAGGCCGUCUGCGUGGAGGCCGGUAUGAUCGCCCUCCGGAAGGCCAUGAACAAGGUCGGGCACGAAAACUACGUCGAUGCCAUCGCAGAAGUACAGGCCAAGAAGAAGGACACCAACAUGGGUAUCUAUGUCUAGUCUAGUUACCGUCACGAUUAUCCAUUCCAUGAUGUUUUCCCCCGUUUUGUAUCUCUUUGUCCUCGUGCCAUGUAUCUAUGUGCGCCGAGGCUCUCCCUUCCCUCUCCCUGGGUUCAUGCCCGUCCUCUUCUGCUAGGAUCGAUGGCACAUAGAUCAACCGUAAUGAUAUGUUUGAUAGGAC